AUGUACAUUAUACAUGAAAGACAGUGUUCUCACGUGGAAUUUCAGCUAUUAAGACUGCUUACCAGAACCAACACCAAGGAAGGUUACUUCAAUCGACUCACCAGCUAUCACGAGCACCUCGGUACGAAACUUCCUAUCGUAAAAACCACCAAACCUGCUGUGUUGGCCAUACAGAGCAAGUCAGCUAUCGACAACGAGGUCAAUCAAGAAGCCCUCCGACUGGGAUUCCGAGUCGAUUCGAUCACUUUCGCUGAUGUUACCAUGCCUCUACGACUUGUCCUGUUGGGCUGUGUGAAGAAUGUUGGUGUCCGAGUCAUGGUCAAGCCUCUCGUUGCUCUCGUAUGCCCUCAGAGCGAUCAAUACUCCGUCUUCGCCGCGAUCCAAGAGCUGGCACAACUGGUCGUCUCUCAGCACCCAAAGCAAGUGCUGGUCCCAUACUGUCCGGGACGAGUGAUUAUCGAUUACGGCAUGGACGAUAUCAAGGAAGUGUUGGAGGAGAUGUGGAGGAUGGACAAGAAUAAGAUGACAUUCAUCCAGAAAGUGUCCUGA